AUUACAUUGUGUUGUUUUUAGAUCGAUAGGAAAUUUGUGCAGUUUGUUUUGGAUUAUAUUGUGCAACGAUCGUUUUGGAUACCGAAAUAGAAAGGCAUGAAUGACUUGUCUCAGUGGUCCAUAUCCAAAGACUCCAACUUGGAUAGUCCUUGGAUAGAAGGAAUACCGGGUUGUGGCAUACCUGGGGCUGGAAGUCUUGUAGAACAUAUCGACCGACAAAUUCUUGUACUCCAACGCGAUGGUCGCUAUAUAGUCGGUUUGCUUCGUUCUUAUGAUCAAUAUGCGAAUUUGGUAUUGGAAAAUACCUUUGAACGCUUUGUAUUGAACGAUUCCUAUUGUGACGAACCUUUGGGAGUAUUUAUCAUUCGAGGAGAGAACGUUGCCCUAUUAGGAGAGGUGGAUGGAGAAAAGGAAAGUCAGUGGCUAUCCCAUUUGCAUACGGUUUCCUUGGAAGAUACCAAAAAGACUAUUCGAGGAAAACGACAAGCAACAAAGGCACUUUUGCAUAGCCAGCCAGAACGAGUUGAAUGGACUUUCUACGAUGAUGCCUUUUUUUAGACGACGACUGAUAGUCUGCUUAUCCCAAUUGCUGGAUAACUAAAGAUAUCUCAUUCACUGGGGUUUUUACAGGUUGAGAGACAAAAUAUUCCAAGAUAGAAA